UCAAGGAGUAAUAAGGACGAGUCCGCCUCUCAGGAGAAAUAAGGAUGCCGUGUUUUUAGGCUUGAGUAAAGGAGUGAUAAGGUGAAUUCUGUAAAUAUUGUAUAUUUGAAUGAGUCUUUGUGGUUGAGAUUCUUUGGGUAAUUCGUUCCCUUCCAAGUGAUAGUCUUCAUUAUUUUUCUCCUCCUUUUCAGCAACCUCUGUUAUUAUUCUUUUUAUUUAAGCUGAAUGUAUACUGUCAAUUGGAUCAUUGAGGUUUCACAUUAAUAAAAUUACAUCUUCUUCACUUUGUUAUCUUGGUAUCAGAGCCUCAACGAUCUGCUCACCAUGGCUUCUUCUCUGAAUGUAGCCAAUUUUGUUACCUUAAAGCUCAAACAAUCAAACUAUCCUCUGUGGAGAGAACAACUUUUGAGUUUAGCUGAAAGUCAGGAAUUGUCGGAUCAUUUGGUUAAUGGCUUUCCUGAAGAUCAGAAAUUCGUUACCCCUCCCAAUCCAAUUCCAGAAAACUAUCAACCACAGCAAUCAGACAUCUUCAAGGCGUGGCAAAAGUCUGAUAGAUUACUUCGUGGGUGGAUCUAUGGCACCCUUAGUGAGGAAUCACUCGGACUUGUCAUCGGACUAGAAACAGUUCAUACUGUUUGGAGUGCAUUAAAAGAUGCAUAUGCACAAGAUUCUCAAGAGAGGGAAUUUACCCUCAGACAGCAAUUGACCUAUUUUCGCAAAGAUGAAAAUCGGUCCAUCACUGAACAUCUGCGUUUGUUUAAAGAACUCUGCGACAGUUUAGCCGCUAUCGGGAAAAAAGUACCCGAUGAAGAAAAAGUCUUUUGUCUCCUUACCAGUCUGGGACCCCAGUACGAAACGUUUACUACGACGAUGCUUAAACCACCGCGACCCAAUUUUAAUGAACUGGUCUCUCAACUUAAGAAUUUAGACCAGCGACGAGUGUGGUUUUCCACACAGAACGAAUCUGGUCUUGAUCAAAUUUCGCAUGUGGCUUUUUAUGGAAAUCAACAGAAUUCAUCCAGUAAUUCCUCGAAUCGGCGUCCUAGAUUUAAUUCCCAAGGGCGUGGUUUUCAAGCCCAGCAAACGCAAAACCCUUUUCCAAACAAAGAGUCGUAUCCUUCCCAACGGCGACCUCCCCCGGCUGGUCGUAGAAGAAUGACACCAGCUGAACGAGAGCUGUAUAAGAACGAAGUGUGUCAAUACUGCAACAGAGAUGGUCACAUCGCGAAGAUUUGCUGGUGGAUUCCACAAGAAAAACAAAGCAGCCCUGCUCAAGCUCUUUCGGCACUCACAUUGGAUACUGAUGUUGUAGAUACUGACUGGGUUGCAGACUCUGGUGCAUCGAAUCAUAUGACAGGAUCGACAGACGGGACAGGUACUGCUACAAGGGCCACGGAAAAAUAACCUUUAUAUCUUGUCAGGGAAUCCGAAAGCAUAUUUUUCCAAUCGAUUUAGGUCUGGAACAGCAGACAUAUGGCAUCAACGAUUAGGACACCCUCA